AUGUCUAUUGGAAGACUAAUCGGAAAAGCCGCCAUUGUUACCGGCGGCGGUAGCGGAAUUGGGCGCGCAAUCUGUCAAAAAUUUGCAAAUAAUCGUACAAAUAAACAUUGUGCUAUUGUGACUGAUGUAUCGUCAUCCGAACAAGUGAAAAAUCCAUUUGUAUUAGCGGAAGAAAGACUGGGAAUCCGAAGCACUAUUCUCGUUAACAGUGCUGGGAUUGCUAAACUAAAAGCCUUUACGGACGUUGGUGAUUUCACGUUUGUUAACAUCAUCAACGUCAAUCUGAGAGGAACUUUUCUAAUGACUAAAGAAUUUUUAAAGAUGACGUCAAAGAAUACUUCACGUGGAAACGAUAUACUUGGUUCUAUAAUCAACAUAUCUAGCAUGGCCGGGAAGCAAGGUUCUGCUGGACUAGGUCCGUAUUGUGCAUCCAAAUUUGGUGUUAUUGGAUUAACAAAAACUGUCGCGGUUGAGUUUCCGAAAUACAAGGUCCGCUGUAACGCUGUUUCGCCCGGCAUGACUGACACACCGAUACUCAUCAAUCCAGAGCUGAAUCAUAUUCUUAUUCACUGUCGCAAGACAUCUUUAUUGACUUUCGCGUCGACAGAAUUCAACGAGAGUUUUAUGCAUGAACAUAGUUCUGUUUCAGUACCUCCUUGCAACUCUGAAAUGUCUAUCGGAAGACUAAUCGGAAAAGCCGCCAUUGUAACUGGCGGUGGUAGCGGAAUUGGGAGAGCAAUCUGUCAAAAAAUUGCAAAGGAAGGAGCAAGUGUUGCAAUCCUUGACAUAAACUCUGAAGGUAUUACUCGAACACUAAAUGAAUUGCCGAGUAAUCGUGCAAAUAAACACUGUGCUAUCAAGAUUGAUGUAUCGUCAUCUGAACAAGUAAAAAAUUCACUUAUAUUCAUAUGCAAAGAAGUCGCAAAUGUUUGUUUAUUUUUGACAUCUGAUGAAAAUUCUUAUGUUAACGGCGCUUGUUUAGAAGUUUCUGGGGAAUACGGUUGUUGA